AGAGAGAGAGAUGGCGAGCAGGAGGAGAGGCGGUGAAUGAGACAGAAAAAGAGAAUUAAUUACAACAUUCUUCCCAGUUGGAAGGGACUGUAUGAAGCUCUCGCACGGUAAGUGCUCUGAACUCCGCACGACGUUUUUGAUCGGACACUCGGAACUGCGUGAUGGAGCGCAACUACACGUGCAAGCAAUUCGCCAUACUGUGGUUCUGCAGGGCGAUAAUCAAAACCUUCUACUUUUAGCCUGCCUCAAAUCAAGCCAUAUGAGCAUGUAUCUUCACUUCCCAGGUUCCUUUCAUGGUCGCGGAACGCUCAUCUUCGCGCGUUUCUACUGCGUCGGAACCCGCACGAAGCACCGAGAAUGAACGUGCUUGCUCUGUUCUUCGGCUGCUGUGCGCUUUUGUGCAUGCAUUUGGUAUCGCAAGCCCUUGGUGUGGAAACCAAACCGAGGUUAUCGUCCUCGGCAGCGAACAACGCCGCCAAGAUAUCGCGCAUACGCGCUUCGGCGCCGCGGACUCACACGCACAGCACAGCGCACGCGACAUCAGGACUCACCGCGCGCACCGGAGUAAGAACCGUUCACUCGGCGCAACAGAGAGCGCCGGUAAAACGCACUGUGAAGGUGAAAGACAAAGCGGAGGAGAAAGAGACACCAAGACAAUCAGCUGUCACACCGCAUGAUUACAUGUUGUCUCUUUACUGGUCUCUGUCUACUGGGCAGAUGAACCGGAGCGCAAUGCACGAGGCGGGCAUGGCUAACACCAUCACCAGCUUCGUGGACAAAGGCCAAGAUGAGCAUGUGCCCCUGUUAAGGCGCCAGAGGUAUUACUUUAACAUCAGCUCCCUGGAGAAGGAGGGACUGCUUGGAGCUGAAUUACGCAUUCUCAGAAAACCCUUCAUUGAUCCUCGUAGAAUCCAUGCAACUGAAAGCAGAACCUCUCUUCGACUUUACACAUGUGCCACAAGCAAACAGAGGGCUAUGCUGCUCCAGUCACAACCCAUAGAGGAUCGAAGCAUCCCAAAAUGGGAGGUGUUUGACAUUUGGAAACUAUUCAAGAGUUUCAGAAACACUGUUCAGCUUUGUUUUGAGUUGGAGGCAAUGGAUCGAGGCCGCCCAUUGGACCUCAGGUCACUUGGCCUGGAUCGUUCAGGCCGGCAAAACAAGGAAAAGGCAUUCUUUGUGGUGUUCAGCCAAACAAAGAAGCAUGGUCUCUUUUACAAUGAGAUCAAGGCACGCUCAGGUCAUGACAACAAAACUGUCUAUGAGUACCUGUUUACACAGCGCAGGAUGCGCCGGGCACCACUGCCACGUGUAAAGAAGCCAAGCAGAAGUCCAAAGACACGAUGCAACCGCAAGCAGUUGCAUGUUAACUUUAAGGAGAUGGGCUGGGAUGACUGGAUCAUUGCACCACUGGAGUAUGAGGCCUUCCACUGUGAUGGAAUCUGUGAUUUUCCCAUCCGUUCACAUCUAGAGCCCACCAAUCAUGCCAUCAUCCAGACACUCAUGAACUCCAUGGAUUCUCACUUGACACCCCCCACAUGCUGUGUACCUACAAGACUUAGUCCUAUCAGUAUCCUCUACAUUGACUCAGCUAAUAAUGUUGUGUACAAGCAAUAUGAGGACAUGGUGGUAGAGAGUUGUGGCUGUAGAUAGCCAAAAGUACUAGAAGUGAGGGGAAUACUAAGGAAAAAGUAUUCUUAUAUUUUAAAACUAGACAUAUUGUUCUUGCAUUAUGUGGCUUACUGUGUGGAAUCAGUGUCUUCUCUUAAUGCAAAUCUUCUACCACUAGACUUAAUGAGUUUAACUAUAUGAAUAAGGUCAUUGGAAUAGUUUGGACUAGAUAUAUACAUAAAGUGCAUUCUCGUAUUUGUUAAUCUAUUAAGGUACACAAUGAAUGGUUCAAAUCACAUGUGGAGUCUAUAAAGGUGUUUUCAAUAUGCUUUAUAUAUCUGCAUUAAUUGAUUACAUAAAUCUAAAUUAAUAUUCAGAUAUUUUAGUGCUUACACAACUAAUCUAAACUUGCAGUCAGUUAAUCUAAUAAAAAAAAAAUCCCAGUUUCUGAAUUCAAGUUUAUGUUAAAUACUCAGUAAAUUAGGGCAUCUUUAUAUUUAGCAACGAAAAUUGGAAGCUUAAGUUUAAAUGUUACACUGGGAAGGUUUAACCAUAUCCUGGGAAAGUUAGUCAUAUUUACGCAGGUGUUUAUCUUUAAACAUCCAUGCAUCCAUCCAUCCAUCCAUCCAUCCAUCCGAAUUUUGAUUUCUGUUAAGAAAACAAUAGAUUUUUUUAUAGAGCUUUUGUUCCAUAUUCUGUAGCCCACAAAGACCAUGCACUGUGAACUGGGCAUGCCAUAAGUAUUAAUGUUUUUUAAUCUUUCUGGAAUGCAUCAAACCCAAUAUACCUUCUAUACCCACUAAACCAAAUAGAGUCUGAUAAAAUAUUAUAGAUGGCAAUUGUUUUCAACUGUAAAUAACA